AUGACGAAACGAAAGGCAGAAGACGAAUUACAAGGAGAAAGUAUGUGGGAUCAGCAUCAUGGAAUGCACUGGUUGAGAGGAGAGUUGAUCGGAGAAGGACGCUGUGCUUCUGUUUUUCUUGCUACUCGGAAGAAAAAAACAAGGGGUCAGCGUAGUAGUAUGCUGACCAAUUUGCCGGCAGUAAUGGUGGUGAAAUCGGCAGAGAUGUCAGAUUCUGCGUUUAUCGAGCACGAGGCGGAGGUUCUCAGUGAGAUUAAGGGCUGCCCUUUUGUUGUCGAUUGCUUUGGCGAAGAGACCACGAGCACUGACGAGGGUGAUGAGGUCUACAACUUGUUGUUAGAAUAUGCCUCGGGAGGAACCCUUGACGAUCUCAUAGAGCAAUCCAACGGUCGCGGAUUGCCUAAAUCCCAAGUUAGAAGGUACACAAGGUGCAUUCUUGAAGGGCUUAAGCACAUUCAUAAGUGCGAUUAUGUUCACUGCAAUUUAAAGCCCGAGAACAUUCUGCUCGUGCGCAAUCGUGCUAGUACUAGUAGCGGUAAUCCUACUAGUUUUGUGGCCAAGAUUGCUGAUUUUGGUUUUGCUAAGAGGAGCAAGGACAACUACGGUGAAUGGAGAGGCACUCGUCUGUAUCAGUCGCCAGAAGCAUUGGAGGAUAACAAGCAGGACAAGCCCUCGGAUAUUUGGUCUCUUGGUUGUAUCGUGCUUGAGAUGCUGACAGGAAAAUCCCUCUCGGAUUUGGACUCUGGUUGUGAUUACAGCGAUUUCGAUGAUAGGAUGACAUGGUUUGAUCAUGUAUCUACUCCCAAAAUCCCCGCUGAAAUCACAGGUACAGCCAGGGAUUUUCUUAAGAGUUGCCUUGCCGUGCGGCCUUCAAGAAGGUUAACUGCUGAAGAGCUAUUAUUUCAUUCGUUUGUUGCACAACCACAACCGUCAAAACCAGCUCGUUGCACGAAGGGGAAGAUGGCAAGAUCUUAUUUGUGCCAUGCAGGUUAUAACAAAAGCUCUGUCGUUGUUCCCAGAAUUCCACCCCCGCCGGGUUUUGAGACAGCAGCUGGAUCAUAG